CCUCUGAGAUACAGAUACAAAUACUCAGAUACUCGUUCGGGACGGACGGCCAGCCGGAGAUACUCGAUCGCGAGCUUUGUUGUUGGCCAAACGAAAGCGAAAACGAAGUACACAAAUUAGCAUAAAAGCGAUCAGAAAAAAAGCGAACAAGUAAACCGGGAAAUGUGAAAAAUGUGCGAGGAAAAUGUGUCCGCUGUGCGUGUGUGUGUGUGCGGCGGGGGCCGCGGCAGCUGUUAGCAUGUGUGUGUACCGAAAAUGCAAGAGUUUGCAUGGCAAAAACAACAACAAUAAGAGCAAAGGCAACAACAACGAGAAACAGGGCUAAAAGUUAAAGAUUGAAUAUAUAACUCGAUGCGAAAAUGCCCGAAAUUGCAUAGGAGGGCUGUUCGUUACGCUGCGUUUGGGCCUUUCGGGAUGAAAAAUCGAUUGGCCGCAAAGAAACUGGCGACCGCGAAGUAAUGAGGAAUUUUGGAUCAUCCCCAGGAGCUGAACUCCUGGAAAAUUCAACCAAAGAUGGCGAGGUGAAGGCGGUCUGCCAGUGAAAUUCAGUCAGUUAAUCGAUUCCGGAGGAGAGACCAGACGAGAAAGAGCCGCGGAAAUGUCGAAAAUGAGGGGUCGCAUUCUGAUCCCGCUGCCCAAUACCGGAGCGAUGGGGCGCAAGCGCAACAACUUCUACAUGAGGAGUGUAUUCCUGCUGGCCCUGUGCAUCUUUGGCCUGCUGCAGUACCACAAUUUUAACUACCUGGACUCGCGGGACAAUGUGCUGGGCGAUGCGGUGACCAACGACUCGGAUGAUGCCAUCCUGGCCAUGGUGCCCGCCCCUCUUCACAAGUAUCUGACGCCCCACUCCAGGAAUCACACCACCUCGGGUGCAGGCGUCCUUUCCGGACCGGCCCUCCUAGUGAACACAAGCAGUUCUGGAGCCGCUACUGCCACCACCAUCAGCUUCGACGUCUACCAUCCUCCUAACAUUACGGAGAUCAAACGCCAGAUCGUGAGGUACAACGAUAUGCAGAUGGUGCUUAACGAGGACGUCUUUGGGCCGCUGCAAAACGACUCUGUGAUAAUUGUGGUCCAGGUGCACACGAGGAUUACCUAUCUGCGCCAUCUGAUCGUGAGUUUGGCGCAGGCUCGGGACAUUUCCAAGGUGCUGCUGGUGUUCUCGCACGACUUCUACGACGACGACAUCAACGACCUGGUCCAGCAGAUCGACUUCUGCAAGGUGAUGCAGAUCUUCUAUCCGUACUCCAUACAGACGCAUCCUAACGAGUAUCCCGGCGUGGAUCCCAACGACUGCCCGCGGAACAUUAAAAAGGAGCAAGCUCUGAUCACCAACUGCAACAAUGCCAUGUACCCCGAUCUCUAUGGACACUAUAGGGAGGCGAAGUUUACCCAGACCAAGCACCAUUGGAUUUGGAAGGCCAACCGGGUGUUCAAUGAACUGGAGGUGACCCGAUAUCACACAGGACUGGUCCUAUUUCUCGAAGAAGACCACUAUGUGGCCGAAGACUUCUUAUAUCUGCUGGCCAUGAUGCAGCAACGAACCAAAGACUUGUGCCCCCAGUGCAACGUGCUGUCCCUGGGCACCUAUCUCAAGACCUUCAACUACUACACGUACCACAGCAAGACUAACAAGAAAUCCUAUGCUUCCUCGCUGAUCUCGACAAACAGUCUAUUAGGAUACAAUAGGAAUAACAAUAGAAACUCUGUGCAAUUAGCCGUGUCGUCCUCUUACUCCUCCUCAUCUUCAGCAUCAGCAUCACCGUCAUCCAAAGUCUAUGUGGGCGACACCACUGACCACCAGCGAGCCAGUGAGGCCACCAGUAACAGUAACAGUAACAGGCGGGGCAACAACCUCAUCAACACUGUCACCGCCACCGCCACCGCCGCCACAUCCGACACCAACAGCAAUAAUAACGAGCAAAGUAGCCAUAGCAGCAGCAAAAAUGGUGCACAAACAUGGAACUAUCAUGUCCUGCCGUCAUUGUAUUCGGUCUAUCAGAAGGUGGAGGUCAUGCCCUGGGUGAGCAGCAAGCACAACAUGGGCUUCGCCUUCAACCGCACCACCUGGUCGAAUAUCCGGAAGUGUGCCCGCCACUUCUGCACCUACGAUGACUACAACUGGGACUGGUCACUGCAGCACGUUUCCCAGCAGUGUCUGCGCCGCAAGCUCCAUGCGAUGAUCGUCAAGGGACCGCGGGUCUUCCACAUAGGAGAAUGUGGCGUCCACCACAAGAACAAGAACUGCGAGUCCAACCAGGUGAUCUCGAAGGUGCAGCACGUGCUGCGGAUAGCCCGGAACUCCCACCAGCUCUUCCCGCGAUCCCUCACCCUGACGGUGCCCAGUCUGAUGAAGAAGUCGAAGCUGAGGAAGGGCAACGGUGGCUGGGGCGAUCUGAGGGAUCACGAGCUGUGCCUGAACAUGACCCUGCCCACGAGGUAAGGGCCAGGCAGCCCAGGAAACCCCAUCAGUCAGUAGCGAGGAAGCCUAGCUCUUAGCGUUAUCUAAGUAGGAUUAUUAAGCAGUAGCCCUAGAAAACACACACUCUGUAAACGAACAUUCAGCAAAGUACUCUGUAUCAGCAAACUAACCGAAAAUAUUCUAAGCCCAGAAGCCCAAAGACCCUCGCCUCGGGCGCUGCACAACUCAUACUAUAAGUAACCUCCUCUAGUCACUCAUAUAUUAUAAACAAACGCCGUGUUGUAAUCUCCUACCUUGUACCGUUUGCCCUUCAGUUCGUCGAUAAUCACCGUGUAUUGGAUAGGCUCCGUCCAGAUCCAAAGGGAUCGACAGAGCUCCCAGCGACGGGGUAGCAAUCCUUAUAACUGAAACUAAACCUACGAAUACUAGCGAUAAACAUGAUAUAUACUAACUCGUAUCCCCAGAUUGUGCCGAAACCGUUUUGUAAACGGUCAUUUAAACUCGAGUCUAGACUCUAGGGGCAGCAAAUCGCAUAAACUAGUCAUAGCCAUGUACCACACAUGCACAUGCUAUAUUACAUCAUAGAUCAAACUUUUGAUAUAUCUUACGAUCCUACGUUCUAAGCCUGUACAUAGAUGAAUUGCGUUGUAUACAUUGCAUAAGGUCUUUUUAUGAUAUAAACGCGGAACUAAUGUAAUUUGUUAUUUUUUAAUCGUUAGUCCAAAGCGCUUUUAUGUAUUAGGAAUUUUGAUUAAUUGAACGAAUAAUCUUAGUGAAUAAACGCCAAGUAAAUGCUCUACCA